AAAUAUGGCGCAUGAAUAUAAAAAAAUAAUUUGUUUUAUUUUGAUGCUUAGAAAAGUGUCACUAUGUACCUAGGUGCAGUGGGAAAACAUAGAAUGAAAUGAAUCUUGCGUCGUUUUUGCAAGGUAAUUACAAUUUUGGAUCGGCUUCAGAAGCUUUGAAAUAUUUCACGGAUUAUGUCUUUCAAUUUAUAGGGUCUUAACUUUACCUGGGGAAUGAUCCAUUUUCAAUACAAUUUAAGAACCUCUCUUUGUUUACUUUCUCAUUCGAUUAUUAUGACGUCACUAUAAUGGUGUUUGCCAAUUUUCCAGUACAUGUCGAAAGUCGACGGUUUUAACUAGAAUAUUAUGCAAAAAGUUUACCAGUAAAUGUGGAAACGACCGAAUAAACAGAAGAGCAAGAUAGCAAAGAGAAUCUCUCAUUGAUACUUACGAACCAAUCUAAAUUUUCUUCAGAAUUAUGUGAAAAAUUUCAAAACGAUUUGUACGGUAGAUUUCGAGUUAUGAUGUACACCGCAAAACAAGGUUUCGACGAGGCGCCUCACUGUCAUUCGUUCAACUUUCCGUAUUUUGCGAUGAAAUUUUGAGAAACUUAACUUCCCCACCAGGGUUGCCAAAAUUAAAUCUGUAUUUUUAUCCUAAAAAAUCUUUUCAUCUGUAUUUACUCUUCGAAAAAUCUGUGUCGGUAUCUGUAACGAAUCAGUUGACUUGUUUAACAUUUUGGUGGAUUAUCUAUCGGAGAUAUUAAUUUCGGUGGUUUAAAUGAGUCAAGCAAGGACCUUUUCGCCAUAAAAACACUACAAAUCGUUCUGAUAUUUUGCAUCCAGAAACUUGAACUUUACCGAUGUGCACAAUGGAAAAAUAAUUUUCUUCUUCAUUUAAUGACUUUUGUUGAUAUAUAAUGUUACAUACAUUAAGUCGACCAAUGAAGCUGUCGAAUUUUCGGACAAAAAAUUGACAAUUAACAAAGUCACAGAGCAUUACAAUUAACGUUUCCGGAAGUAGACUUCAGCCAGGCGUUUGCUGGGUGCUAACCUGAGUGUAUUACAAAACCUUUACCUUUCAGAAUAAGCGACCACUCUCAAAAGUGAAGAUUUUUUAAUUAGGCUGUGCACGCGGACGAAGUCGACAUAAACACAGAGAACAGACAUCCAUGAUCGAACAAAAAUAUUUAAAAAACGUGUGUAAACAUUUGAAUUAAUAUACGAAAAACACUAGCGCCGCCACACCAACCUAUCCCAACUAUCCGUCAAAUCGAUUCCGGAACCGGUUCGAAAUCCUCGAUGGAUUCAGCAUGGAAUCUAGCUCAAAUGCGUCAACCGAUUCCGACUCUAUCGGUUGACGCAUUUGAGCUGGAAUUCAUGCUGGAAGUCCGAAUCGGUUCCGGACUAGUUUGACUGGGUAGAGGAAUAACCGCUGUCAAUUCUGUCGCACUCAGCCACAAAAAAACAUGACGACAGUAGCGCACCUGGUUUAGAUAUCCAAACUACCUUCGAAACCGUUAGAGAUUUUACACAAGUUGAAUGCUGAAGAUGGACGUCUGUUCUCUGUGACAUAAAUAAUGACUUUUACUGUGAGCCGGGUUUACCAACACUGCCAUUAAACUGUGAAGCAAUGUUUGUCAACACGGCUGACAGUAAAAGUCAUUUUUAAGUCGACUUCGUCAGCGUGCGCAGCCUAUUUAGAGGGCUAAGCUGAAAGAGACACAGAGCACUGAUACUAACAGCAGUCUCUCAAUACUGUCGGAAUCACAGUGGGAGUUUAGGGAUCAGAUAGACAUGUCUUCAAAGCAACGGAAGCAAACCAACAGUGAGAUAUGUGGACAAGCAUCCCUUCAGAAUUGUCCCCUGGGGCGAGCUGUGUUAACCGACACUGACAAGCGGCCGUACAAAUGUGAUACGUGUGACAAAUCAUUUAAUAAGGAGAGUGCCUUGAACAGACACAGAAAGAUUCACAGUAAUGAACGACCGCAUAAGUGCGAGAUAUGUGACAAUGAAUUCGUUCAAAAGCAGCGCCUAAAGCGCCAUAUGGUAACUCACAUUGGUGAACGAUCGCACAAAUGCGAGAUAUGUGGCAAAGGAUUUGUCGAGAAAUCGUUAAUAAAACAACAUAUGGUAACUCACACUGGAGAGCGACCGUAUAAAUGUGGUAUAUGUGACAAAUCAUUUAAACAUCAGAGUACACUAUCUUUACACACAAAGAAUCAUAGUGAUGCACAACCUCAUAAAUGUGACAUAUGUGGUAUAGGAUUCCCUCAGAAGUAUCUGCAUAAGCUACAUGUGUUAACUCACACUGGCGAGCAACCGCACAAAUGCGAGAUAUGUGGUAAAGGAUUCAUUCAGAAGUCGUUAAUGAAAUUACAUAUGGUAACUCACACUGAUGAGCGACCGUAUAAAUGUGAUAUAUGUGACAAACUAUUUAAAUAUCAGAGUACGCUAAUUUUGCACACAAGGAAUCACAGUAAUGAACAACCGCAUAAAUGUGAGAUAUGUGGUAUAGGAUUCCCUCAGAAGUAUCUGCAUAGGCGACAUGUGCUAACUCACACUGGCGAGCGACCGCACAAAUGCGAGAUAUGUGGCAAAGGAUUCCUUCGUAAGUAUCCGCUAUUGUGUCAUAUGAUAACUCACACUGGUGAGCGGCCGCACAAAUGCGAGAUAUGUGGCAAAGGAUUCCUUGGUAAGUUUCAGCUUAUACAACAUGUGUUAACUCACACUGGCGAGCGGCCGCACAAAUGCGAGAUAUGUGGCAAAGGAUUCGUUGAGAAAUCUCAUAAGAAACAACACAUGGUGACUCACACUAGCGAGCGACCGUAUAAAUGUGAUAUAUGUGACAAAUCUUUUAAACAUCAGAGUUCGCUAACGUUACACACAAAGAAUCACAAUAAUGAACGACCGCAUAAAUGUGAGAUAUGUGGCAAAGGAUUCCUUCGGAAGUGUCUGCUUGAGGAACAUGUUUUAAGUCACACUGGCGAGCGACCAUAUAAAUGUGAUAUAUGUGACAAAUCAUUUAACCGCCAGAGUAUCUUAAUUUCGCACACUCAUAUUCAUAGUAAUGGACGGCAUAAGUGCGAGGUAUGUGGCAAAGAAUUUCUUCAGAAGCGUAACCUGAAGAAACAUGUGUUGGGCCACACUGGCGAGCGGCCAUAAAAUGUGAUAUAUGUGGUAAAUCAUUUAGGCGAAGGAGCUCUUUGAACAGAUACAGAAAUGUUUACAGUAUCGGAAAGUGUAUGUGAAUUUAAUAAUAAAAAAUAUUGGCCGUAGACAAACAAACUUUUUAUUACUUUAGUAAUGCCGAUGUGGAUGGACAUGAUAAAAUUUGCUUGUUAGUGAUUAAAACACUUACGUAUGAAUUUUUCGAUAUUACAUGUAGAAAUAAGUCUUUAGUUUAUCUGCUCUCUUUAUUGGAGCCAAAAUAAGUUAACUG